ACGACUAUAUUUUAAUGUGACCAACUUGCUUAUUUUUCAGUAAUGUAAGAGUACAAAAAAUGAAAAGACAACAUAUAGUUAACAGCACUACCUGCUUGCCCCCUUAAAUCGUCCGAGAAUCAAAGCUCUCUUAUCUCCAAACACUCCAUUCUGAGUUGUUUUGUUCUUUCCUACAGUAAUUGCAAAUACUCUUGUUGGUCCUUGAAAGCAGCCUUCAUGCCGCUCAUCAUUUGUCCUCCGGUUGCCGCCAUUGCUGCCAUAUUAUGAACAUCUUCCAGGAGACCUGCGCUUUAAAUUGGACACAUUUAACCGAUUUUUUUGUACAUAACGUGUAGUUUCUACCGCCGGGACCACAGUCCGAUAAUACGGACUCAACAGUUGCUUUACUUCUGUAGAAAUCAGCUAAUAUUAGCAGAAACAGCAAGUUAGAUUUGUUGAGUAGGCGGUGGUGCGACGCGUUCAAGGUCCUCUUUUCCUGUUGGUAAUUAGUUUUCUUAAGCGGAGGUUAUUGAAGUAGAUUUAAAAAUAUGUCGCUACAUGGAAAGCUUAAAGAAAUCUACAAAUACGAGGCGCCGUGGACGGUUCACGCUAUGAACUGGACUGUCCGGCCGGAUAAACGCUUCCGCCUGGCGCUUGGUAGCUUUGUGGAGGAGUACAAUAACAAGGUUCAAAUAGUUGGUCUGGAUGAGGACAACUCAGAAUUUGUGUGCCGAAACAUGUUUGACCACCCAUACCCAACCACGAAGAUCAUGUGGAUACCUGACACCAUAGGAGCCUACCCAGACCUGAUGGCCACCAUUGGAGACUACCUGAGACUCUGGAGGGUGAGUGAUACAGAGACCCGUCUGGAGUGUCUGCUCAACAGCGACAAGGAUUCAGAUUUCUGUGCACCGCUCACAUCCUUUGACUGGAACGAGGUGGACCCAAACUUGUUAGGUACUUCCAGUAUAGACACCACCUGUACAAUCUGGGGGCUGGAGACUGGACAGGUGCUGGGCAGCGUCAACUUGGUGACGGGUCACGUCAAAACACAGCUCAUAGCUCAUGACAAAGAGGUGUAUGACAUCUCGUUCAGUCGAGCAGGCGGGGGCAGGGAUCUGUUUGCCUCUGUGGGUGCGGAUGGCUCGGUCCGCAUGUUUGACCUCCGACACCUCGAACACAGCACCAUCAUCUACGAGGACCCACAGCAUCACCCGUUGCUCCGGCUCUGCUGGAACAAGCAGGACCCCAACUACUUGGCUACCAUGGCGAUGGACAGCUUGGAGGUGGUGAUUUUAGACGUGCGUGUACCCUGUACUCCGGCAACCAGACUCAACAACCACAGGGCCUGUGUGAACGGAAUCGCCUGGGCGCCACAUUCCUCCUGUCACAUCUGUACUGCAGCGGAUGACCACCAGGCGCUAAUCUGGGACAUCCAGCAGAUGCCGCGUGCCAUUGAGGACCCCAUACUGGCCUACACAGCCAAGGGAGAGAUCAAUAAUGUCCAGUGGGCUUCCACCCAGCCUGACUGGAUCGCUAUCUGCUACAACAACUGCCUGGAAAUCCUCAGAGUCUGAGCUGUAGUGGGCAGACGUAAAACAACUCAAAAACAUUCUCAGCGUAUCUACGAGCUGACGGGACUUUGCUAAAUGACUUUCUUUUUUUUUUCUUUUCUUUUUUUUCUUUUUUUUGCUUAUGUUUGGAAAGCUUUUAGUGACAACAUACAGGAUAACGCUGGCAUUUUUUGAAAAAUGGAAAGUAACACUUUGUGGGGGGUUUUUUGGGGGAGGGACUUUUUAAAAAGUCUGAAGUUUGGAAAGACUGUUACAAAGGGUCAAAAAGCUGUUGAACUAAUAAGCUAGUCAGUAAAAUCCUUGUUUUAAAAUGCUUAAUAGUGCAUUUCGUCUUGUCCAUUAUGUAAUUUUCUAAUAACUUUUUUCUGAUGCAAACUAUUUUUAACCAUAUUGAAAAGUGGACUGAAUGUGGUUACUGUGCUCAAACUGUUUUUCUUUAACUUAUAUAUUAUUUAAUUAUUUGUGAACUGUAAACCUCUGUGAUACGAGUCGGUGCAACAACAUUAAGUAUGCAGUAUUAACUGACCGUAAUACAGAUUGCACCAGUAAUUUUAUUCAUGGCAAUAUUCAAUAUUCAUGCUUGAUUUUAUACAGAAAUAAAUAGUCCCUCACAGUUUAAAGCA